UCAUCCCUCUCUCUAUCCCUCCUCACUCCACACUGACAGCAGCUCUCAUCCCCACAGCCCAGCGCUGCUGAAGCAUUCAGACUCACACACAGACUCUGAGUGGCAUCUCCAGCUCUCUCCAGGAAGCCCUUGGACUGCUGCAGGCGAGGAUGAGGGUGUGGUCAUGGGAGCUGUUUGGGGAGACAGGUGUGGUCCUCCUCGGCUUUCUGACGCUGGCCACGUCUGUAGGGAACCUCUCCUCCAGAGGCCUGCAGGAGGAGGGUGCAGCUUCCAACAGCCUGGAGGACCAGCAGGAGGUGACCACCUACUGGUGGGGGGAGUGGGCCAAAUGGACGGCCUGCACCCGGACCUGCGGAGGGGGGGUGAUGUCCCAGGAGCGGCACUGCCUCAAACAGAGAAAGAAAGUCACCGCUGGGAAGGACAACAUGACCUGCACAGGAACGGCCAAGAAAUAUCAUCUGUGCAACACCGUAGACUGUCCUGCCUCUGGGAGGAGCUUCAGAGAGGAGCAGUGUUGGUCCUUUAACUCACAGCGCUACAGCGGGAGAAACUACCAAUGGAAACCGCUCUAUCCUGAUGAUUACGUCCAUAUCUCCAGCAACCCCUGUGACCUCCACUGCACCACCACCGACGGCCAGAGGCAGCUGAUGGUGACGGCGCGAGACGGCACGUCCUGCAAGUACAGCAGCUACCGGGGCGUCUGUGUGGAAGGUACGUGUGAGCCGAUCGGCUGCGACGGCGUUCUGUUCUCAUCCAACACUUUGGAUAAGUGUGGUGUUUGCCGGGGAGACGGCAGCAGCUGCAGCAGAGUCACCGGCAACUUUCGGCGAGGAGCCACCACUCUGGGUUAUUCUUUCAUCACCCAAAUCCCUGAGGGGUCCUGGGAUAUCCAGAUCAUCGAGAGGAAAAAGUCAGCCGACGUUCUCGCGGUGACCGACCAGGCGGGAAACUUCUUCUUUAAUGGCGCCUACAAGCUGGAUAGUCCCCAGAACUUCCAUGCAGCAGGAACCAUCUUUAAAUACAGACGGCCCAUGGACGUGUAUGAGACCGGGAUUGAGUACAUCGUUGCCAAAGGUCCCAUCGACCAGGCGAUAAAUAUUCUGGUGUGGAACCAGAACGGCCGAACGCCUUACAUCACCUACGAAUACACUGUCCUGCGGGACUCCCUGCCUCCUGUUCCUCCUCCUCCGGUCUACACGGGAUCAGACGCCUCAGCUGGUGAAGCGUCUAUGGAAGAAGAUGGCGUCACGCCCCCUAAUGCCAGUGUUUAUGACCAGGACGUCCCAGGAGGCCAUUUUGCGACGGAUGAGGCAGAUGGACAGAAGGGCCAGGAGACCAACGAGGUGUUUGAAGAGACCACAGCAAUCGACUGUGAUGAGGACAAAGCGGGCGUACCCAAAGCUCCAGGGAACCAAAGCCACAGCACCAUCAAACCUCCCCCUGCGGGUGGACCUCUGGACUCUGCUCCAGACUCCACCAACCUCAUCUGGAGGGUCCUGCUGGACGGACGGAUGAGUCCAGACGAGCUGCUGAUCAACAUCUCCACCAAUCAGCUGCUGACGGAGGGGGACGCUCUGUUCCCACCCGGGAUGGGCCUGAGUGACCCGGAGCGGGACGACCCGCUGGACCUGAACGAGACCCUUGAGUUCGCUCUGGGACACAGAGGCAACGACAGCGGAGACGACCAGAACAGAACCGCCCAGACGGGCGCGGGCCGUUCCAACAGAACCAGGGGGAAUCAAAGGUUUUACCAGAAGAACCUGAAGCUGAGUGCUGCUGACAUGUACCGCUGGAAACUUUCAUCCCAGGAGCCCUGCAGCAUGACCUGCUCUAUAGGCGUGUCCAAGUCCUUUGUCACGUGUGUUCGCUACGAUGGGGUGGAGGUCCAUGAUAUGUACUGUGAUGCUCUGACCAAACCGGAACCGGUCCAUGACUUCUGCAUUGGUAGAGAGUGUCAGCCGAGGUGGGAGGCGAGCAGCUGGAGCGAGUGCUCCCGGACCUGCGGGGAGGGAUUCCAGUUCCGUCAGGUGCGCUGCUGGAAGAUGCUCUCUCCAGGCCUGGACAGCUCGGUCUACAGCGACCUCUGCACCAUGGCUGACCUGGAGAGGCCGUUGGAAAGGCGAGCCUGUAAGAGCCCCACCUGUGGCCCCCAGUGGGAGGUAGCAGAGUGGACUGAGUGCCCUGCUAAAUGUGGACGUAAGGCUCAGGUGACCCGAGACGUCCGCUGCUCCGAUGAGACCAGAUCAUGUGACCCCAUGACCCAACCACCAAACGUAAAGAAUUGCACCGGACCGCCCUGCGAACGCCACUGGACUGUGUCAGAGUGGGGCCCGUGCUCUGGCUCCUGUGGCCAUGGCAGGACGGUCCGCCACGUCUACUGUAAGACCCCAGAGGGCCGUGUGGUUCCUGAGAACCAGUGCCCCCCAGAGAACAAGCCUCUGGCCAUCCAUCCCUGUGGAGAGAGGGACUGUGCUCCACACUGGCUGAGCCAAGACUGGGAGCGGUGCAACACCACAUGUGGCCGUGGCGUGAAGCGGCGGAUCGUCCUGUGCGCCGGCAUCAGCGCAGGAAAGUUCGUCACCUUUGACGAAGAGGCAUGUGGAGCCAACGAGAAGCCUGAAGAGGAAGCCACGUGCUUCGAGAGGCCGUGCUUCAAAUGGUACACCACCCCCUGGUCUGAGUGCACAAAGACAUGCGGCGUGGGAGUGAGGAUGAGGGACGUGAAGUGUUACCAGGGCAGGGAGCUGGUCCGAGGCUGCGACCCGCUCACCAAGCCGGUGGCCAAGCAGACAUGCACCCUGCAGGCCUGCCCCACUGAGCCCCCAGAUGAGAGCUGCCAGGACCGACCCUCCACCAACUGCCUGCUGGCUCUGAAGGUCAACCUCUGCAGCCACUGGUACUACAGCAAGGCCUGCUGCCACUCCUGCCGAGCCGUUCGACCGUAGGCGUCCGGGACACCCCACUGCAGCAUCCAGCUCUCAGCAUCACCAUGAGGAACCACAUGGCGCUUCCUGACCUGAGAGGGGCGAUGUAAUCUUUAUGCAAGCAGUGCUUUUCCCUUUGCAUACCGUGCACAUUCUCCCUUCCUUCAAGCCCGCUCUGAUUAAACCUUUAUCCGGCUUUCCAGUUAAAAUCAUUGUUGAUUAUUUUGUACCCUUUUGUACGGAAGCCCACAGGGUUCGUCUCCCUUUGAUACUUUUUCAUUGUGGAUUUCUCGAGAAAACAAGUGAAUUUUAUCAUUAUCUAAAGAUAACGAAAGACGUUUUCUCGUGAUUACGAGAUGAUUGGUUUGUGUUAAAACUGAUUACAUCCUUCAAUACCACAACAGUAGGAGAGGAUUUAUAAGUCAUGGCGGCCUAUGUGUAAUUCUGUAAAUAAUCCCGUGUUUAAGUUUUAGGUAACGAGACGAUGUUGCUGGUUUGAUGAUUUGCUUACACUUCUGAUUCAUAAAGCUGUAUAAAUCUUUUUGCCAUUUUCGGGCAGAUUCUCCAGCUGUGUAAGAAUUUUCCGAUCGGGCCAACUUUCAGCCUGAUGGUGCGUAGUGUAGUCUACGGGGGUAACAAGGGCCGAUCUGCCUCUCACGACCACCUCCCCAUCAGGAAUCGUAAGGUCGGGAGAAAACCAAACAUGUUUGAAAUUCAGUCGGCCAUCUUAAGGUGGUCGUGGGCAAAUCGCUCAGUGGGCAAACAAGGAUUCUUUUUCUUCUUCUCAAAAGGAAAACCCAGCAGCAUGGCGGGGGUGCAAGUGAAAUGAAGUUCUUUCUGAAAAAUUGACAGACCGUAGUAGCCACGUUUGCUCAGCCAUGUCUUUGUCCAAAUACGUCGUCUCCUUUUCUUUUUAGGGCUUUCAGCACAAAAUUGCCCAAAUAUCCAAGGCAGCGCGUUUCACUCUAGUGAGCCACAUGUUCCUCUUCUAAUGGUUUAGCUUCCAGAUAGACGAGUCCAAGUAGCGCUGACUGCAUCAGAGCGUCGGGUCGCACAGUGUGAGAACAUACAUAGUGAGCUGUGAACUUUAAAGUCUUGCAGUUUCGUCGUACAGUGUGAGCUGUAGCUUUGUGCAACAACUGAAAAUAUCGUACAGUGUAUGCUCGGCUUAAGCAAUUAGAAAUUAGCCUCCGACGCCUUAGUGCCCCUGUUCUGCAGGGAUUAAAUUAUUCCAGCCCCAGGCCGGAUUUCUUAGCCUGGAUGCCAUUGCGAACUUAGAACUUAAGUUCGGACUGGCAUUGCUCAAUAGUAGCGCGAGUAUGCUAGCACAAUAUCUGGCGGGCCAAUCAAAUUGUCAGGGCAGGCUUUAUACGAUGAUGGACAGAUGAUCAACAG